CUCAUCGCUCGUGACUCUGACACCACUGAGACCAACGCUCCCUCUCCCGGACUGACAGGCCAAUCGCAGGACACCCCUCACUCUCUCAGUCGCUCUCUCUCUCUCUCUCUCUCUCUCUCUCUCUGAUUCUCUCUCUUGCAUUCAUUCCUUUGCUCUCCAUCUCUCUCUCUGUCUGUAGCUAAGUCUCUCUACCACACCUCGUCCAGUGCAGAGGAACAGAAAGCCCCCUGCCCAGCCCAGGGAUAGCCAGACCGCUGAGAGGAUGAAACUCUGACAAGCCGACAGACCGCAGGGAAACGAGCACAACUGCCCACAGAUAAUUGGUUGAAGGGAGAGUCCAGGAAGGUCAGCCAAGAAAGCAGCCGUAGGUGCCAGCGUGAAAUCUACAGCAACUACAAUUACUGCAACAGUGAGCGGCUGGAACAAGGUGAAUGACAGACGCUGCUUCACACAGAGUGAUGCUGAGACUGGCUUAGGCUUGCAGCACCACUGAAGACUUACACGGCACUAGACAAUGACUAUUAGCCCCAAGACCAGCGAACAGUGAUCUACUGACCUCUGAGACAGGUUGUAUCUGACAGAGAGAGGACCACCGCCACGCUCCAGCCCCGCUCCAACCCACUGGUUCGUUAGUAUCAACAGUGAGUGAAUCACCCAGCUUUGGCCCGUCCGGCGUUACCUGUACAUGGAGACCCCCAGCUGGGCAGGAAACACGUUGUGUAAAUCAGGAAGCAUUGCUGUCUUCGGGAACGUGGUGUACAGUGGGCUGCUCAACGAGCACCUCUGGCAUUUAGGAGUUCCCCUCUUCACGAGACUGGGUAACCAAGAGGCCACCAACCCCCCAGAAGCCAUGGCCCAGCCGUACACACCUGCCCAGUACCCGCCUCCCCCACAGAAUGGCAUCCCGGCCGAGUUUGCGGCACCCCACCCCCUCCCCACGCAGGACUACACCGGGCAGAACAGGGUGCCCGAGCAUGCCAUGACCCUCUACACCCCCACACAGACGCACAGUGAGCCGCCGGGCACCGACAACAACACGCCCGCCAUCACCGCCAACACGACUGUACCGACAGAUGACGUGACGCAAUCAGAGGUCUCCCUGCAGCUCCAGCUGCAGCUCUCGGACUCCUCGGAGAAGCAGCAGCCCAAGAGGUUACAUGUCUCCAACAUCCCCUUCCGCUUCCGUGACCCCGACCUGCGGCAAAUGUUUGGGCAAUUUGGAAAGAUUCUAGAUGUGGAGAUUAUCUUUAAUGAGCGAGGAUCCAAGGGCUUUGGGUUUGUAACUUUUGAAACGAGCACAGAUGCCGACCGUGCGCGGGAGAAACUAAACGGUACAAUCGUAGAGGGACGCAAAAUAGAGGUGAAUAAUGCAACUGCAAGAGUGAUGACAAACAAAAAAGUUGCCAACCCAUACACAAAUGGCUGGAAGCUGAACCCUGUGGUGGGAGCUGUCUAUGGUCCUGAACUGUAUGCUGUAACAGGUUUCCCUUACCCGGCCACAGGGGCUACGGUGGCCUAUAGGGGUGCCCACUUGCGAGGCCGGGGGCGGGCUGUGUACAACACCUUCCGCACAGCACCUCCACCACCACCUAUUCCAGCCUAUGGAGCAGUGGUGUACCAGGAUGGCUUCUAUGGAGCAGAAAUCUAUGGGGGCUACGCUGCGUACCGGUACGCCCAGCCCACCACCGCUGCUGCCUACAGUGACAGCUAUGGCAGAGUCUAUGCAACAGCAGACCCCUACCACCACACAAUCGGCCCUGCCGCCACAUACAGUGUGGGGACCAUGUAAAUAACAAAGGCAACGCUGUGCUCACUAUUGAUGGACAUCACAGAUGAAAACAACGAGAAGAGGAGAACUAGCUUUAAGAAAACAACAGGAGAAGAAGAGAAGGAGUCCCUCUACUGAGGCUGGUGAGGAAGGACGGGAGGCGUGCGUGUGGAGUGGUGCCGCGGCGGUGUCAAAACCAGCCACAAGCGCUACAGACGGAGUGAGCCAGUUUCCAGGGACCAGAAGAGAAAGACAGCGAGAGAAAAAAGAGAGAAAGCAUCCUGUUAUUAUAACACAUUUUAUUUUUCUAUACUUUUGUGAUUUACAGCUUGUGAUUUACAAGUAAAAAUGUGUAUAAAACAGUAUAUAUGUACAAAUAUGUUUUUAUGUUUUUGGUAAGGAAGACGAACAGUUGGCCCUCGAUGCUGAUUAUGUGGUGGAGAGGGAGAGUCCUGCUCUUCUCUCUCUGGCACACCACUCCUGUCACUGACAGACAAGAGGAGGUGAUAUAUAUAUAUAUAUAGUUACAGUGGCAGGCUAGGAGGGUUCAUCAUCCGGGCAAAAGCAUUGUAUUACAGGUCCACUUUCUGUGGGUUGGAGUCAAUGGUUAACUUCCAGCUGGAGGUCUCUAUGGUUACACUUUCUGUGUGCGGUCUUUUCGUGGUCUCACUGGUUCGCUUCCUUCCUUGCGCUGGUGCCACUGUUCCACUGUUCCACUUCCUGUUGCAGUUUCACUGGCCAGCUUCCUAUGGGUAGUCACUGCUGUGCUCUCCUUCCCUGUGGAUACUGUCGUCAUGACUCCACUUCCUCCUGGCAGCACUACUGGUCCACUCUCCAUGGGCAGUACUGUCACUGGUCUACUUCCCUGUGGAUACUGUCGUCAUGACUCCACUUUCUCCUGGCAGCACCACUGGUCCACUCUCCAUGGGCAGUACUGUCACUGGUCUACUUCCCUGUAGAUACUGUCGUCAUGACUCCACUUCCUCCUGGCAGCACCACUGGUCAACUCUCCAUGGGCAGUACUGUCACUGGUCUACUUCCCUGUGGAUACUGUUGUCAUGACUCCACUUCCUCCUGGCAGCACCACUGGUCCACUCUCCAUGGGCAGUACUGUCACUGGUCUACUUCCCUGUAGAUACUGUCGUCAUGACUCCACUUCCUCCUGGCAGCACCACUGGUCCACUCUCCAUGGGCAGUACUGUCACUGGUCUACUUCCCUGUGGAUACUGUCGUCAUGACUCCACUUCCUCCUGGCAGCACCACUGGUCCACUCUCCAUGGGCAGUACUGUCACUGGUCUACUUCCCUGUGGAUACUGUCGUCAUGACUCCACUUCCUCCUGGCAGCACCACUGGUCCACUCUCCAUGGGCAGUACUGUCACUGGUCUACUUCCCUGUGGAUACUGUCGUCAUGACUCCACUUCCUCCUGGCAGCACCACUGGUCCACUCUCCAUGGGCAGUACUGUCACUGGUCUACUUCCCUGUAGAUACUGUCGUCAUGACUCCACUUCCUCCUGGCAGCACCACUGGUCCACUCUCCAUGGGCAGUACUGUCACUGGUCUACUUCCCUGUGGAUACUGUCGUCAUGACUCCACUUCCUCCUGGCAGCACCACUGGUCCACUCUCCAUGGGCAGUACUGUCACUGGUCUACUUCCCUGUAGAUACUGUCGUCAUGACUCCACUUCCUCCUGGCAGCACCACUGGUCCACUCUCCAUGGGCAGUACUGUCACUGGUCUACUUCCCUGUGGAUACUGUCGUCAUGACUCCACUUCCUCCUGGCAGCACCACUGGUCCACUCUCCAUGGGCAGUACUGUCACUGGUCUACUUCCCUGUGGGUACUGUCGUCAUGACUCCACUUCCUCCUGGCAGCACCACUGGUCCACUCUCCAUGGGCAGUACUGUCACUGGUCUACUUCCCUGUGGAUACUGUCGUCAUGACUCCACUUCCUCCUGGCAGCACCACUGGUCCACUCUCCAUGGGCAGUACUGUCACUGGUCUACUUCCCUGUGGGUACUGUCGUCAUGACUCCACUUCCUCCUGGCAGCACCACUGGUCCACUCUCCAUGGGCAGUACUGUCACUGGUCUACUUCCCUGUGGGUACUGUCGUCAUGACUCCACUUCCUCCUGGCAGCACCACUGGUCCACUCUCCAUGGGCAGUACUGUCACUGGUCUACUUCCCUGUAGAUACUGUCGUCAUGACUCCACUUCCUCCUGGCAGCACCACUGGUCCACUCUCCAUGGGCAGUACUGUCACUGGUCUACUUCCCUGUGGGUACUGUCGUCAUGACUCCACUUCCUCCUGGCAGCACCACUGGUCCACUCUCCAUGGGCAGUACUGUCACUGGUCUACUUCCCUGUGGGUAAGCCAGUAGAGAAAUGAGAUAAGUUCCUCCCCCAGCUCUCUUUCCUCUCCAAGCCCCAGCAGAGGUCUCUGAUUCAGGACGAGAGAAAGAGAGUUUGAUGCGUUAGUCCCUGACUUUCCUCUCCUGCCAGGGUCAAAGCCCAAGCCUUUGUGUCUCUAUCUGCACCAGUGGACAAAGUAUCUCAAACAGACAGACCAACAAGCCAGGGUGCAUUUAACUAACGACGCACGUUUCCAGAGAAGAGAAAUACUCAUCAAUGUCCAUGUAACAAUUGAAUUAUAAUCGGAUAAUCUAAUUGUAAUACAUCAGCAGGUGCAUAACCAAAACACAAGCCUAAGGCAUAUGGACUAUGUCGCUUGAUAAACAUUAUAGAACUAGUGCCCAUCCAAUGGUAAUAAAGGAAUGAGGGCUGAAACAUGUCAAUUACAAUGUUGUUUUGUCAAUGUAUUCUGAGAAUAUUUAUUUGUGUGAUUUGCAGCACUGAAAACUUUUAAAGAAGAAAAAAACGUUUUAAUUUGUUGAAGCAACCUUACUUUAUAUCAGGAGAGUCACUGUAAACAUGUGUUUAAACAAGAAUGUUGGUUCAGUUCUUGAAUGUAUUUUAAUGUCUAGGGUGUCCAACAAGUAUGUAUUCUUUUUCUGUAUAUAAAUAUAUAUAUAUAUAUAUAUAUACAUAUCUAUUAUAUGGGCUGUGGUGGUGUCAGGGAGUAGAGGGGGUAGAUACGGGGCACCCUCCUACAAGCUAUACCCCUGAUAUACUGUAACAUGUGAUCAUGUGUUAUAUGACUGAAAGCGUGAUGGUGAUUGUGUGAACUGAUCUUCCCCUCCCCCUGCACUUAAAGAGAUUGGACAGGAUCUUAAGCACUUACAAAUUCGUAACAUGCUGUAUGAAUUGGAUUUCGUAAAACAUAUCAUGCACAUUCUUUUUGCAAGACAAAAUGGAUGACGUUGUACACAAUUGUGCACAGUCUUCGGGGACCGAAAAACUUCUGGCUGAAAUUAUAUGAAACCUUCAUAAUGCAUCUUUAAACAAACACACAUGAACACACACUCAAAUACAGAGAAUCACAGACACACGUUUUGGCCUAGAAAUAUGCUACAGAACUGCUUAACAACUUGCUGAUUGCCAACAGAUAACUCGUGCUCCAGAGAGUCAUUCACAACUACUCUGGCCCUGCAGGGCCCCAACUACUCUGGCCCUGCAGUGCCCCAACUACUCUGGCCUGCAGGGCCCCAACUACUCUGGCCCUGCAGGGCCCCAACUACUCUGGCCCUGCAGGGCCCCAACUACUCCGGCCCUGCAGGGCCCCAACUACUCUGACCCUGCAGGGCCCCAACUACUCUGGCCCUGCAGGGCCCCAACUACUCUGACCCUGCAGGGCCCCAACUACUUCGGCCCUUAUGGAAAUAACAUGUAUAUUCAUCAUCACAUUAAGUAACAGGUCCUGUUGAGGAAGGCAAUGAUCAUAAGCAGGUUUAGUGUAUAGAUGUAGAUUUGAUUGUGAGAGUCACAUAGUGUAUGUGGCUAACUAACUCCCAGUCAGUUUCAGGUGAAAUGUGAGUGUGAAGAAACAGCAGGUGGGAUGUCAGGCAGGCAGGCAGUAGGCCUCCCUCCUGAUCUCUGUGUAGACUGCAAGUACCAGUCAUUAUCUUCCUGAGCCCUGAGCACAAUGGCUUGAGCUGUGACAUGAGCAGGAUAUCCCUCUGAGAGAGAGUUACUACUGUACCACCCCCUCCCGUUCUACUGUGUGAGUCUACCGUCCCUUUUGUAUUCCUGAACCUACUGUACAUAAUAUCCCCCCUCCCCUCUGACUCCCAAAAUCUUGUAUUUUGUUCUAUAAUGACACAUUUAUUUAUAAGGAUUUUUUAAAUAUAACUCUUUCUCCUUUUUGUAAAUGUUCCAGUUAAAUAAAGUUCAAAAAUGUUAAAAAAUUCAAUGGAUAUAUUGAAAGGUAAAAGUCUCUAAAAGUCCCCUCUCCUCUGGCUCUGUAUUCUAAACUUUGUGUUUCUCUUUCUGUAUGCUUCUCUUAUGUGCUUCAGAUUAAGAGUUCUAUUUAUUAUGACAUUAACGUUAUUAUAAUUAUGACUAAUUAUUAAUAUUAUCAUCAUCCUCAUCAUCAUCAUUAUUAUCAUGAAUAAACUUGUCUACUUCA